AUGGAAGCUAGAAACCACACAGAAGUCUCAGAAUUCCUCCUCCUGGGUCUCUCAGAGGAUCCUGAACUGCAGCCCCUGCUCUUUGGAGUGUUCUUGUCAAUGUACCUGGUCACCGUGUUUGGGAAUCUACUCAUCAUCCUGACCAUCAGCUCUGAUUCCCAUCUCCACACCCCCAUGUACUUCUUCCUCUCCAACCUGUCCUUCGUGGACGUCUGCUUUAUCUCCACCACCAUCCCAAAGAUGCUAGUGAACAUCCAGGCACAGAGGAAAGACAUCUCCUACAUAGGAUGCUUCACUCAGGUCUAUUUUUUUAUGAUUUUUGCUGGAAUGGACAAUUUCCUCCUGACUGUGAUGGCAUAUGACCGGUUUGUGGCCAUCUGCCACCCUCUGCACUACAUGGUCAUCAUGAACCCACGCCUCUGUGUCCUCCUGGUUCUGUUGUCUUGGUUCAUCAUUUUCUGGGUCUCCGUGCUUCACAUUCUACUGUUGAGGAGGCUGACCUUCUGUAUAGGCACUGAAAUUCCACAUUUCUUCUGUGAACUGGCGCAGGUUGUCAAAUCAGCCUGCUCUAACACUCUCAUCAAUAACAUCACCAUGUAUGUGAUCACUGCUGUGGUGGUUGUCUUUCCUUUCACUGGAAUCCUCUUCUCUUACUCUCGGAUUGUCUCCUCUAUAAUGAGAAUUUCCUCUGCAGGAGGAAAAUAUAAAGCAUUUUCCGCCUGUGGGUCUCAUCUUUCUGUGGUCUCCUUGUUCUAUGGGACAGGCCUAGGGGUCUACCUCAGUUCUGCUGUGACCCAUUCUUCCCACAGAAGCUCAAUCGCCUCACUGAUGUACACUGUGGUCACCCCCAUGCUGAAUCCCUUUAUCUACAGCCUGAGGAACAAGAAUGUGAAGGGGGCCUUGGGAAGGCUCCUCAGCUGGCCAGACUCUUCUCCAUCACGAGUCACUGGCCUUAGAACUAAGUGGACAUGGGUGGCCCCACAGAAUGUUGAUGGAGUUGAGUCUGCAGGGAAGGAUAGAGUAAUAGACGCUGUCAACAUUCCUUUCACAUUGCCUGGGUUCCUCUCACCAUCUCCAUUGCAUGACUGCGAAUGGCCAGCACCAGCUGGAACCUACUUUGCCCAACAUAUGGUCCUAGAAGUGACAGAGAAUUAUGAUCCAUCAGAGACAGCCUUUGAGGAUGAGUGUGCGGUUGCCAUGUCUUUCACGCAUUAG